AUGGCUGCUCUGGAAUUGGCAUCAUCAACAGCCUCGCCGCUGCCCAACCUGAACGCAUCCCACGAUCCCGACUUCGAUUCCUUUUUAAACUUUGAUCAAACCGCCUAUCCCAUGUCAGAAUCGAUGAAGUCGAACCCUUCCCUUCUCUCUCAGCCGCCCAUGGCAACAUCAGACGCCUCUAUUCAUGACAUGAGCCAGUCCUUCUCCGGCCCCAGCCAUCAAUACGGAGAUCACCAACAACAAACUGGCUUUCCACCAGAUGCCGUUGCCCACGCCGUGGCAUAUAAUGAAAACUCGAUGGGAUCUUUGCGUGCGGGUCACCAAGGCUUCCCCAUGGUGGACGGCAAUUUCGUCCACAUGAAACGCGAACGGUCCGCUAUUGAUUUUUCUACACCGCCCUCUCGCAAUCAUUCGGAAAUGGAUAUCGAGACCGACAAUGCAAACAACAAGGCCUAUUUUCUCCCGCAUACCAAUACUAUCAAGUCCCAACAAUUUAUUGAUCCAAAUGCUCUAGGAGGCCAUGAAAUGUCUGUCAUGGCUCAUGCCGCACCGCAGGCCGGUCGCGUGUAUCCAGGCAUGCAUCAACAGCAAGCUGCCAUGGCACGCGCUGCCCAGCAGCACAAACAGCAAAUCGAGAUAAUUCGUCAGCAGCAGCAACAGCAGCAGCAACAGCAAAUGCGUCAACAGCAUGCCGAGCAAAUGGCCCACCAAACACCCACUCAGCCGUUUCCGACAGCUCGGCCUUUACGCCAAAUUGAUCCCGUUGUUGAAGAACGCAUCUCGCGUCUCUUACAACAAAUGAGACAGAAUAGUAUUGGCCAGGACAGCCACUUAUCUACUCCUACUUCGUCCGUUUUGCCCCAGAUGGCUAAGCUCAAAAAGGAUGAAGAUGACAUGGAUGAAGAUGAACGCUUGCUAGCCAGCGAGGAGGGUAAGAAGCUCACGAGCAAAGAGCGACGUCAGUUACGGAACAAAGUGUCGGCUCGUGCUUUCCGUUCGCGAAGGAAAGAAUAUAUCACUCAACUGGAGAGUGAAAUUGCAUCGAAGGCGACCGAGAAUAAUGAAUUGCGCAUGCAGAAUCACAAUCUUAUCGAGGAAAAUAGUCGCCUUACUGACUUGACUCGAAUGCUACUAUCCUCCCCGCACUUCUCGGAUGUCCUAAACGAGCUCAGUGCGAAUGGUUUACCUCCCCAAUUCCAAACUGCUCCCCAAUCUUCUCAACCCCACGUUCAGCCUCAGCCCCAACCGGCGGUAUCCCAGACACCCCUCCCCCUCACUGAUGUCACUCAAAGGCCUAGGCAAGAAUUUCCUGGUCACCAGCAGAACUUUCAGGUCAAUAUGGUGAUGGUACCUGAUAACCGUAUGGAUGUUUAUGCCGCCGGUUGGAACUCGGGGAUCGACAUGAACUACACCAACGCAUCUGUUUUUGCCGUCUUAGAAGUUCCAGAUGGUCCUGCUGUUGAUUUGGAGGUUCUAUCCGGGAAAUCUUCGAACUUUAUUGAACCAUUUUCUGAAUCUACCAAGUUGGAAGUUCCUCAGCUUGAGCGUCCCCCUAUCGCGGUAUCACCGUCUGCUGAAACUAUUAAGGGAGUCGCUGACACCACGUACGAGUUGGACGAGUCAGAUCCAUCAUUCGCUUUGUUCCUAGAAGAUGUACCUUCAACCUCGACUACUAGUUCACUUGUCUCAUUUGUUACUAUUCAAUCCGAAAAACCCUCCCACUACAAACUUGCUGUCGAACCAACAUCUAGCGAUAUUUCAGCGGCUUCUGUGCGCAGUUUUGAGCGAUUAUGUGCUAGUAUAGAUGCUGCAUUUGAGCGUGUUGACGCGGGGACCAAUUACAGUCACGGUGCUCACAACCCAAUCCGUACUUGUCUGCAAUGCUUGUUCUGCAUCAAUAUCUGCCUUCUCCCUCUUCUUAGCCAUCGGCGAGCUGCCACAUUGGCUUCCCUGCGAGGACUCGGAAGGGUCGCCUUCCCCGGAACACCUCGCCGAACACCACGGCGCCCAACGACUGUCAGCGUGGGUGGUGUUUUUCCCACAGUCUGUUUGACGUCUCGCUACUCGAAGAGGGUUUUUGCUCCCCCACGUGUUUACUCGCGCCGUCUUGCCGACAAUCACCCGCUGGCUGAGAAGCAGUCCGUCCUACCAGGCUUACACGUUAUUCCAGAACCUCUAAAUCCGUACAACAGCUACAACAAAAGUGGCUUGCCUUCUACCUAUCUUAUCCUUGACCCUAAAGGCAACCGCGAGAGUUCUACCAGCUUAUCUGGCACUCCAAGACCCAUGAAGUACUCAUACCAGGUGCUUAGCACCCCCACAGCUGAUACCCCCGGCACGAACAUUAUUCUUCAAUAUGAGGGUCAAAACUAUCUAUUUGGCCACCUUGCAGAAGGAACGCAGCGAAAUUUCGUGGAGAACGGUGUUUCGGCGGCUAAUUUGAACCAAAUAUUCAUAACCGGAAAAUCAAGAUGGGCCAACACCGGUGGUGUGCUGGGGAUGAUUCUCACAAUAGCUGACUCGUGGGCUAGUUCGAUAUCCGAAAUGGAAAAAAGUCGCAUGACGAAGAAGAAUUCUAAACAGUCUGGCAAUGCACAGUCGGAACCGUCUCAGCAGCUGACCAUACACGGUGGCAAAAAUCUCAAUCACACGAUCGCAACGGCACGCCGUUUCAUUUUCAGACGACAGGUGCCUCUCGUAGUAAACGAGUACGAUUCGGCCUCUCUCGCUCGCGAAAAGGAGACAGGCGGAGCGACGGACCCCUUCGCACAGCCCACGUGGUCGGACCAUAAUAUCAAAGUAUGGGCCAUGUCGCUCAGACCUAGUUACGAAAGACGUUUUGAGAGCCCCAAGUCUGGCUUUAAGAGUCCUCGAAAGCGAAGUUUGAAUGAAUUUGAAGAACGAGAUGAGCAACCCGCAACUUUGGAUCCUAAAGUCAAGGACCAAUUACUACGUCAGCACAUUGUCAAGCAAAUGCUUGACAGUGAUUGGAGGCUUGACACAUUGCAUGAAGAGAGAUUGUCGAAUGUCAAAAUGCCAGCCACUAUCUUUGUCCGGAAUGUUGUAACAAAAGAUCUUGAGCGAUAUACUGGACCGCCUCCUGGAAGUCCAGGGUCGGUGCCCGACCUGAGGGUUUUCGUUCGAAAGCCUUGGCCUGCUGCGAUGAUCGAGAGGCUUCCAGCGACAACCCCAUCGUCUGAAUCUAUGUGCUAUUUUGUGCGCAGUGCAGACCAGAGAGGGAAGUUUGAUGUACAAAAGGCCAUCGAAUUAGGCAUUCCAAAAGGCCCGGCUUUCGGCCAACUCACGCAAGGCAACAGCUACACUUUCCCAGACGGAAAGGUCGUCACUCCAGAUAUGGUGCUAGGGCCUACUCGCCGUGGUAGAACUGUUGCCAUUCUCGAUAUCCCUUCCGAGUUAUACAUUGACGACCUCCUCGCACGUCCGGAAUGGCGAUCUCAGACCGUGACUGAGACUUUGUCUGCCAUUUUCUGGAUCUUAGGUCCUGGCGUUGGCGAUGAUCCCCGUAUAAUCGACUUCGCGUCACGUAUGAAACACUGUGACCAUAUCGUCUCCAGCACUGACUAUUGUCCCAACCACUUGACGAUGGUAACUGCUGCCAAGUCGACGAUCCGUCUUGCUAGAAUUAAUAACGACAACUUCAUUGUACCGGUCCAUGAUAACGUUAUGCUUCCUCAGAGCGGAACACGACCCGAAGGUACAAAAACAAAUACCUCUUUAAUACAGAAGCUUCCUUGGAAAGCUGCAAGGCCGGGCCUUUCAUUAGACAUGGAACCCAAAUAUGGACUGAACGAGAGCACCGUCUACCCUAUAUUAAACACUCAACAGUUUAUUACUCGGAUGCCGAAGGCAGUUCAACAGCGGCUCUCUGUCAUCCAGCAGAGACUUCGCAAACCCUCUGUCAUUAAGAAGUUUAUUGAGAUGCGCGAGGGACUUCCUCCCCUAGCAGCUGAGUCUGAGGUCGUUACACUAGGCACAGGGUCGUCUAGUCCCUCCAAGUAUCGAAACGUGUCUGCUACUCUUUUGCAUGUACCUACAAAGGGAUACUACCUGUUUGAUUGCGGAGAGAAUACCCUUGGUCAGCUGAAAAGAGUUUAUAGCCCGGAGAAGCUUCGCGAGGUGAUGCAAAAUCUUCGUUUGAUUUGGGUUAGUCAUCUGCAUGCUGAUCAUCACCUCGGCGCCGUUUCCGUUAUCAAAGAGUGGUAUAAAGUGAACUACGGUCACGACAGGACUGCUUCUGAAGCGGAGACACAUAAUAUGGAAGAAAUUCUGAAGCAGAAGAGGCUAUGCGUGAUCAGUGACAGCAUGUUUAUCCAAUGGCUGGAGGAGUAUGCUGGGGUAGAGGAUUUCGGAUUUAAUAGGCUUCUUCCUCUUUCAACUAGCCAAUCUUCGGGCACGGCAGGAAAAGUGGAUGAAAGAAAGUCGACAUUCACUUACCGACAUAUCCGAGCCGACGGAACAUUUGCGAACGAAAGUCCUAAAGCGACAAGUCUGCAGUUUAAGGAUCGGUCAUCCGAUUAUAGUGAUUUGUUGAGAGAAAUGACGGGGCUUAAAGAUGUCCGCGCUGUCUUUGUCAACCACUGCCGUGCGGCAAUGGCAGUGACUUUGGAGUGGCACGGUGGUUUCAAAGUAUCUUACUCUGGAGAUUGUCGGCCAUCCAAGGCGUUCACAGAGAUAGGCAAGGAUUCCACCCUCCUUAUUCACGAGGCUACCUUCCAAGACGACCUUCGGGGCCAGGCCCUGGCAAAAAAGCACAGCACAGCAUCUGAAGCAAUUGAAGUCGGGCGGUACAUGAAUGCCAGAAUGGUGCUUUUGACCCAUUUCAGUCAAAGAUACGCCAAAAUCAGCAAACUCGAUUCCUCUCAUCGACCAGUCCCGGAAUUGAGCGACGCGAGAGCAGAAUUUACAAACCGAGUAGGCACUUUGGAUGUUCAGGAUAGCGGAUGGCCGGCCGAUGGCGACAUGGACGUCGGCAACAACGACGAUAUUGGUCUCUCGAUGGUUACUGAUUCAAGGAAUAGAGUGCGCAACUCGCCGAUGCCAGUAUGCAUAGCGUUUGACUACAUGAAAGUGAAGAUACGGGACAUCCCCAUAUCACAAAUGUACUCACCGGUCUUUGAGAAGCUGAUUGCACGUCUUGAACAAGCGGCCGAUGAGGAAUCCCUCGAAUUGAGGGAAAGGGAAAUCACAGCAAUGCAGGCCAAAAACCCGAAGAAGUUCGGCAAGGGGAAAGAAGCUGCAAAAUUGCCCUCUCGUCCUUCGACUGAACGGAAGCAUUCGGCGUGGAGUGCUAGUGAGUCGGAGAGCGGCUGGUCGGACGAGAGUGACCUUGAUGAUGAUCGCUCGUCGAGGAAGAGCAUAGCAUUGCGAAGCUCAUAA